CCAGCAGCUCCCGCUCCGCGCCGUGACUCGGCUGAGGCGACGGCGGCGCUGGGCGGGAUGGAGUGAGGGGGCGAGCGGCGGAGAGAGCGCAGCCCACCGAGCCCCGACCCCCUCCCCCUUGCCUCUCUCUGGUCCGGGUCUAUGCGGCCCCCCAGAGACCAUGGGAUCCAGGAUCAAGCAAAAUCCGGACACUACCUUUGAAGUGUACGCAGAAGUCACCUACUCGGGAAUCAGUUGCGUUGGGAAAGAUCCUGAGGUGCGGAGGCAAUUCCCAGAGGGCUACAGUGACCAGGAAGUUCUACAGACUUUGACCAAGUUUUGUUUCCCCUUCUAUGUGGACAGCCAUGCAGUUAACCAAGUUGGGCAGAACUUUACAUUUGUGCUUACAGACAUUGACAGCAAACAGAGGUUUGGAUUCUGUCGCUUAUCUUCUGGGGCCAAGAGCUGCUUCUGUAUCUUAAGUUACCUCCCAUGGUUUGAAGUCUUCUAUAAGCUGCUCAAUGUCUUGGCAGAUUAUUCAGCAAAAGGACAGGAUAGUCAAAGGAGUGAGCUCCUAGAAACGUUUCAUAAACUUGCCAUCCCUGAGCCAGGAACCUCUGUUCAUCUUGGAGUGCACUCUUACUUUACUGUGCCUGACACCAGAGAGCUUCCCAGUAUACCGGAAAAUAGAAAUCUGACAGAGUAUUUUGUAGCAGUUGAUGUCAACAACAUGCUGCACCUCUAUGCCAGUAUGCUGUAUGAACGCCGCAUCCUCAUUUGUUGUAGUAAGCUGAGCACUUUAACUGCCUGCAUUCAUGGGUCUGCAGCUAUGCUCUACCCGAUGUUCUGGCAGCAUGUUUACAUUCCUGUUCUGCCCCCACAUCUAUUGGACUACUGUUGUGCCCCAAUGCCCUACCUCAUUGGAAUACAUCUAAGUUUGAUGGAGAAAGUAAGAAACAUGGCCCUGGAAGAUGUAGUGAUUCUUAAUGUAGACACCAACACACUGGAAACCCCUUUUGAUGACCUUCAGAGUCUUCCUAAUGAUGUGGUUUCUGCACUGAAGAGCAGAUUGAAGAAAGUCUCUACAACCACUGGAGAUGGUGUUGCGAGAGCAUUUCUCAAAGCACAAGCAUCUUUCUUUGGGAGCUACAGAAAUGCCCUGAAAAUUGAACCUGGUGAACCCAUCACUUUUUGUGAAGAAACGUUUGUGUCCCAUCGUUCUGCUGUCAUGAGGCAGUUCCUUCAGAAUGCCAUUCAGCUCCAGCUCUUUAAGCAGUUCAUUGAUGGCCGUCUGGAUCUUCUUAACUCUGGUGAGGGCUUCAGUGAUGUUUUUGAAGAAGAGAUAAAUAUGGGGGAAUAUGCAGGUAGUGACAAAUUAUAUCACCAGUGGCUCUCUACAGUAAGGAAAGGAAGUGGAGCCAUUUUAAAUACAGUGAAGACCAAAGCCAACCCUGCCAUGAAGACUGUCUAUAAGUUUGCAAAAGAUCAUGCAAAAAUGGGAAUAAAAGAAGUGAAAAACCGCUUGAAGCAAAAGGACAUUGCUGAGAAUGGGUGUUCUGUGACACCAGACGAGUCCCUACCAAGAACAGCACCUUCACCACUGGUUGAGAAGAAGGACCCUAAAUUAAGAGAAGACCGAAGGCCAAUCACAGUACAUUUUGGUCAGCAGCAAAGACUCCGUCCGCCUCGGCCACCGCCUCCAAAGAUACAGCGUUCGUCUAGGCCCGUUCGCCCACCAAGACCUCAUGUUGUUAAGAGACCUAAGAGUAAUAUUGCCGUGGAAGGACGAAGGACUUCAGUCUCCAGUCCAGAACACCUUGUAAAGCCCAUGCGACACUAUACAGUCUUCCUCUCUGAGGACUCUUCUGACGAUGAAUUUCAGCAGGAAGAGGAUCCUGUCUCUGGCUUCUCUGAAAACUUUUUCUUCUCUGCUCCUUUUGAAUGGCCUCAGCCAUACCGGGCCCUGAAAGAAUCCGACAGUGCUGAUGGGGAAGAGGCGGGCAGCCCAGAAAAGUCCAAAGAGCCUCUGCCCCCAAGCCCUCUCCUCUCAAGCAAGGCCGCAGAAAUCAACCUCCUUGAAGACAUCUUCCCAAACUUAGAAGUAGAAACACAGCCUCAGCCUCUCAGCCAAGCCAAGAGCCUGGAAGACCUGCGGACUCCCAAAGAAGAGGGGGAUCAGCGGUGUACAUUUGAUUACCAGAGAAUGGAUCUUGGCGUGUCUGAGAGGAACAGGAUUGUGCCACCCAUGAAGCUGUCUCACCCUUACAACAAGCUGUGGAGUAUGGGUCAUGAUGACAUGGCUAUUCCGACCAAGUAUUCCCAAAGCUCACCGGAAAGGCCCCUGAAUGCACUUGGUAACAUGCCAUCCAUCACAAGGAGACCCCGGAGCAAAGACAGCAUCUUGGCCCCUGCAGAAAAGGAUGAAUCAAAUCCUGCCAUUCAAGGGAACAUCACCAUUCCUAGGCCACAGGGAAGAAAGACUCCUGAACUGGGGAUAGUGCCACCACCACCAGCACCCAGGGCUUCCAAGCAUCAGACUCCAUCUGGGCCAGCAGAAAUUCUCACCCCAGGACGUAGCCAUUUGGUUUCAGAUCUAAUCCCAGAGCCCUUCGGAGCUGGUAGCAUGUCCUUAGACUCUGAAAUCCAGCAGUCUGUAAAUUACUCCUCUCGUCCGUCUCAGCUUUUGCCCAGUGCUACCAGCACUGCUGAGAUGCUCCAGCCUGUCAAGGUGCAGACAGAAAACACAGGUAACGAAAGCGACUACCUUCUUGAUCUACUGGAUCCAUUAAAAACAGCCAACUGGCAAAGCAGUGGCCCACAGCAAGGGCCCCGCAGCCUGCAGAGCUCAGCUGCUUCACCUUCUGCAGCUGGCUUCGCCUCGGUGGCAAGUGACUUCGUGCCUACUCCAGCUACACCAUUUGUCCAGCCACUGGGUUAUCCUUCCCCAGCACCUCCUCCCUUUUUACAGUCAUCUCCUAACCCAUUCACACAAACAAUGCCAGGAGCCCUUUCGGUGUCUCUAGUUAGGCCCCCAAGGGGCUCUUUUACCCCCUCUUUAGGUCACGCCUAUAGCUCUAGCUUCAUAACCCCUAGUUCAAGCUUCUACCCACCACAAAGACCUCAACCAAACAUUUCAACACUCUCCAUGCCAAACUUGUUUAGCCAGGCUCCAGCCGUGCCACCGGCGAGCUCCUUACUGCUGCAGAGCCCUUCUCCUGCAGGCUCUCUGCAGCCAGCACGUCUGAGUGGUCCUUCUAAAACCAGAACUUUACAGGUGGGCCAGGCCAGCUCAAAGGUAGAUCCCAAACAAGCACUAUCUCUCCUGUCUAACGAACCCCCUUUGAUCCCUGCCAGGCCAGCUAAGGGCUUAGAGUCAGUGUUACUGUCCUCAAAAUCUGAGGAGACAAAAGAUCCAUUUGAAGAUUUGCUAAAAAAGACAAAGCAGGACGUGUCAUCCGCACCAGGUAAGGUUGAACAGCUCCGAAAGCGAUGGGAAACCUUUGAGUAACGCUCCCGAUGGCUUUUGAUGUCCCUUUGGAAUUGACAGAGGAUUCUUUGGAUUUUUUUGAGCCAGCAUAAAACCAAACAUUUCUUUCACAGAAGGCUGAACCAGGAGAGCUGCAGGACCAUCACUGUGCUGCAACUCACACACGAGUGCUUUUGGCCCAGAGUCCUGUUCCCUGCAGCUGCUUUCCUCACUCUCCACCACUGGAAACCCCCAGGACUUGCACUGACCAAAGCAUGAGGGUAGUGGGAUUGGGUUGGGUUUGGUUUUCCACACAAAGCUUCUCAGACAACAUUGCUGAGGCAGAAGUUGCUCCUUCCCUUGUAUUUGCAGUCCUUGGCGCAGGCGGGAGCUUGACAUGGCACGUACACUGGUGUGCUGUUCCCACAGGGGGAAUGGUGGUGAGUUUUUCCCGUGUUACACAAUAACCAGAAUCUUUUUGCUUCCACGUGUAAAGAGCAGCAAAGCAACCCAGCCCUGUGUGCUGCACGGGGUGCAUCUGUUAGCCUCUGAGUUCGCCCUGUCUCGAAAUGCAUCCGUUCAUUUAGGUUACAAUAUUGGAUGAGCUUUCAUUGCAGACUUUGGAUUUCCUCCCUGGUAUACUGAGAGGUAACAGGGACUUCUCUGGUGCAGAGGUGUUGUAAGUCCUUGUUGCAACAAAACCAUGGCACAGAGCAGUUGCUCAGGGUUUGGUCCUGCAUCUCUGUUGGGAAACUGGAAACACCAGCAAUUGUUUUAAUUUUGGGGGGUUUUGUUUGGUUUUGUUAAAUCCGUCAGAAAAUAGAGGCCAUAAAGAGUA